GCAGAGGGCCCACCACAGCAUCCAGGCAGCCGGAAGUCGAGAAGAAGAAGCGGAAGAAGCAUUAGGAGGAGCGGUCUCGCGCUCUGUCUUUCAGUAGAAGAUGGCGGACACAGAGGUGAAGAAGAAGAAGAAAGUGAAGAAAGUCAGUGAAGAUGAAGUCGGGGAGAUCCAGCAGAGCGGAGACUUCUUCAUCCAACCGGAGUCUAAGGUGGCGACGCUGGACACGUCCCAGUGGCCGCUGCUGCUCAAGAACUUUGAUAAGCUGAACAUCCGCACGGCUCACUACACGCCGCUGCCACACGGCAGCAACCCUCUGAAGAGGACCAUCCAGGACUACGUCAAGUAAGCUAAGAGUAGGACUACGUCAAGCAAGCUAACAUGCUAAC